AUGAACGAUAGGAUAAGAAACAUUGCCCGUGAAGGGCACAAUUACAGAAGAUCAAGACUUGCUCUUGGAAUGGUCAGGAAAAAUAACGGUGCAUUUCUUCCACCUGCAACCAACAUGCUUAAGAUGAUGUACGAUUGCAAACUGGAGACGUCGGCGAAAAUGGUCGCGGAUAAAUGUACUACAAGUGGAUCUACACUUCCUCCUCAAGUGAAGGAAAACAUUCAUCGUAUUCAUAAAAGCAAUGCACGCUUCCGUACUGAUGCCAUGAUAGAGGCAAUCAGGUUCUGGUGGGGCCAGGUGAGGCGCGUUCAUGGCAUUGGAAAGAAAGCCAUCUUCAGAGCAAUACACGAAUUCAGCACAAUUAGACACUUCACACUGGGAGUGGCUAUUCAAUUAAAAAGCUUUAGAUGGCAUGGGCUACAACGAAAUACAUUGGGUGCGCUGUAUCGCAGUCAUGCGGCAGCUACUGGUAUACUGUAUGCCACUACAGAAUCGGAGGAAAUGUUGUCAACGAACAUGUUUACAUGCCAGGGCGCACGUGUUCAUAUUGUCCGAUAG